GGGUGGCGGGUGUUCCUUCGAUUGGCCCGCAGGCCACCCGGACUCAAUAGCAGGGUCACUACAGCGCUGUCCCGGGCAGACGGGGAGCACAGCAGCCUGCGGGGCCCCGGCUCCCACGUAAUCCGCUGUGUGAUCGCGCAGGCUACUGCCUCACAUCUCCCCCCGCCAGCAGCCCCACAUGCAGCGGUCCGCACCGCCCACAGCAGGCAGCCAUCUUGUCCGGAGCGGGGACCGGACCGGCUCUACCGGGAGCACCGGACGGAGAGCUGCGGGAGGCUGUGCCGGCAUUGGGAGCGCGGUGCCGGGUUGUCUCUAUCCUCGCUGUGUCGGGGCGUUGCAUGGCUCACUGUGACAGCCGGCAGGGGAGAGGCACCGGCGCUCAGACAGGCGGGGAGCGGGAGUGAGAGCCGCAGAGCGUCAGAAGGAGAGCCGCCUACCGGGCUCACAUCACCGCCGCGGCACCGGGGGGACGAUUGAUCCGGCUGGACCGGACCUUGGUCGGAAGACUGGGGACAUGAGCGCCUGGUAGCUGGGGCCAAUGCCCCGGGAGGCGGGAUCCCGGUAACUGACCUGUGCCCAGAGCGCUCCCGAGAGACGGCGGGCACCAUGGCCUCCAACUGCAGCAGCAGCAGCGCCGCCGCCGGCACCGCCAGCAAGACCAAGACCAAGAAGAAGCAUUUUGUGUGCCAGAAAGUGAAGCUGUUCCGCGCCAGCGAGCCCCUGCUGAGCGUGCUUAUGUGGGGGGUCAACCACACGAUCAAUGAACUGAGUAAUGUCCCUGUUCCAGUCAUGCUGAUGCCAGAUGACUUUAAAGCCUACAGCAAGAUCAAAGUGGAUAACCACCUUUUCAACAAGGAGAAUCUGCCAAGUCGCUUCAAGUUUAAGGAGUAUUGUCCCAUGGUAUUCCGAAAUCUGCGAGAGAGGUUUGGGAUCGAUGACCAAGAUUACCAGAACUCUUUGACCCGCAGUGCACCUGUGAAUAGUGAGAACCAGGGGCGGUUUGGGUCACGAUUUCUCACUACUUUUGACCGUCGGUUUGUCAUUAAGACCAUAUCUAGUGAGGAUGUGGCUGAGAUGCACAAUAUACUGAAGAAAUACCACCAGUUUAUAGUAGAGUGUCACGGUAACACGCUACUUCCUCAGUUCCUUGGUAUGUAUCGACUCACAGUAGAUGGUGUAGAGACCUACAUGGUUGUCACCAGGAAUGUGUUCAGCCACCGACUUGGAGUUCACCGCAAAUAUGACUUAAAGGGUUCCACUGUAUCUAGAGAAGCCAGCGACAAAGAAAAGGCCAAGGAUUUGCCUACCUUUAAAGAUAAUGAUUUCUUGAAUGAAGGCCAGAAGUUACGUGUUGGCGAAGAGAACAAGAAAAUUUUCCUGGAGAAGUUGAAAAGAGAUGUGGAGUUCCUAUCUGUGCUGAAGAUAAUGGAUUAUAGCCUUCUAGUGGGACUACAUGAUGUGGAUCGGGCAGAGCAGGAGGAAAUGGAAGUUGAGGAACGGGCAGAGGAAGAGGAGUGUGAAGAUGGUUCUGGGAAUCCCAUUUGCUCAUAUGGCACUCCCCCAGAUAGCCCUGGUAAUCUACUUAACUUCCCUCGAUUCUUUGGGCCAGGAGAGUUUGACCCGUCCGUGGAUGUUUAUGCAAUGAAGAGCCAUGACAGUGCCCCUAAGAAAGAAGUCUAUUUCAUGGCCAUCAUAGACAUUCUAACACCAUACGAUGCCAAGAAGAAAGCUGCGCAUGCCGCAAAAACAGUCAAACAUGGGGCUGGAGCAGAGAUCUCCACGGUGAACCCGGAACAGUAUUCCAAACGCUUCAUUGAGUUUAUGUCAAACAUCAUUGCAUAGCUCUCCUCCCUCCAUCCCUCUUUGCACUUUCCUCUUCCCUGUGCUCAGAGAGACUACCCUCACACUCCUGGUGUGUGUGUGCGCAAGCAACUGCAUGAGUGUGAGUGAGCUGGUCGGUGCUGCAUGCCCAUCUUAUUUGUAACCCUUCUAUUCUGCAAAGAGAUCAAGUGAUUCCCUUCCCCUUUUAAAUUUCUAAUAUUAAAUUUAAAGGUCAAAGAAACGAGGUUGAUAACACCACAGGUUUAGGUCACAAUGUGAGUGUCAAGUAGAGUCCCCAAUUUUACACUCCUUUUUUUUUUUUUAAAUCUUCAAUGUUUUGUAUUGUGCCCGUCCUAUGAAGGGUAUGCAUCCUUGCUGUUACAACACUCCCUUAAUGAUCUGUCACUGCUAUUGUCAGGAGUGUUAGAGGAAAUGCACUAAUUUGCCAUGAAGGUAAACAAUCCCAAUUUCAGGUGGUUUUCCAUCUUCUAGGCUUAUAUAGACCCUCCUGCAGUGUUCACUAAAUAUAACACUGCCCCUAGAAUUCUGCUUGCCGAUUGUGUUUUUCAGCAGUGUUUCUUUGCUACAGAUGCCAGUUUUAGCUACUGCUCUUUGCAUACAGCUGUGUUGAGUCAACUGGCUGCCGGACGGGAUCGCGGCAGUCAUUAUACCGACAGCAUCUGCAAUAACUGAACCGCCAGCUGGUUUCCCCACUUGGAUGGUGGUCCACGCCACCACCCGAGGUGGAAUAGAACCCUGUGGUGACUUGCCCUGAAGCGUGGGGAGACGCUGCGCUCGUCACGAUCCUGGUGUCUGUCUUCUGCCCACCAGGAUCUCAUACUGAUCCUGUAUUUAGAGAGCAGGACUGUGACCUAGGCAUCAACAACUAACUUUGCUUAGUUAAUAGAAAGUAAUUGCUGAAUGGCAGAGGGUUUCUAACACAAUAAUGGAAAUCAUUUAGUAAUAGUUGAAGGAAGGAAUGUGCAAACUAGUUCAUUAUUUAUUUCACCCUGGAAGCCACCAUUAGGUGGUAGAAGUAAUAACCUAAGCAGAAUGCAGCUUGGCCUUAGCAAAGUGGGUCCUUACAAACACUUGCUAUACUGCAGUAUUUUCAUGGGAUCACUUAUUUUCUCCUGUUUUGCCAAGAUGUCACUUGGCUGUUUUUAUCUAUUCACAGAAGAUGGUUGUCGGAUGAAAAAUGUGUCUAUAUUACAAAAAAAAAAAUUGCUUUUAAAAACUUAACAAAAAGGAGUAUUCUUGUUUGCUAAAUCAGCAGUUCAAAAUGUGUUCCUUUUUUAAGAGUAUUUGGUCCCAUAAUAUAUAAGUAAAGAGAUUGUAUUUUGCUGUAGUGAUAGCAAUUUAUUCUCUCCAUUCUGUGUUUGUUUUUAAAAGGUCAAGAGCUGAACCCCAUUCCUUUUUGUGAGGCUUCACUUGCCACAAGUCUAUAAUAAUAAAAGGAGAUAUUCAGGCACUAGAAAUAAGAAUUGCCUGUAACAAAACUAAACACCCCAGGGAUAAUUUAAUAAAGUGCACAGAUCAAUGCUGUGAUGUGACCAGAAGCUGUAGGUCAGGCUAGUGACAGCUGGUGUCAUGGGUUGUGGCAUAGUUCUACUUUCACUAUUUUAUUAAAUAAGCCCUAUUUUUCUUUCACCUUGCUUCGCCCUAAGAACAAGAUACAAUUCAAAAGUAUUAUUAGUCUUUGUGCUCUGCACUAUACAAACUAAAUGUCUGCAUCGGCAAGUAAUAUUGGCAGUUUAAAAGGCAACCGAUACAGUCUAUGCACUAUGGUCCAAUAAAUAAAUUGAGCAGCUUAGAAGUAGAGACUCCUGUUGUAGAACAUCAAAAGAACGGCGUUUUUUUUUUUUUUCUGUACAUCUGUCAUGCUAUAGCUUUACUAUAUAGCUUUGUGUACUAUGGGUUUAGCAAACAUAAAAAAGGUGUACCCUUCUGAGCCUGUGUUCAGCACAGCAUUAGAUCCAGCACGCUGUUCCCCCAGGCUGCACAGCAGGCAAGCUGGGAAUGUGAUUUCUACCCACUGUCUUCUGGUCAAGCUGCGCAAAAGUCACAGUCAGGCAAAUAGCCCUUAAUAAAUAACAGCUCGCCCUAUGUGCAGUCUGUAAGGUGCCUUCACAGGAGUGGGGGCUGGAAAUAUUUGGUUGCUUCCAGACAAACCUUGUUUUAUUUGGGUGUGGUAUGCAAGGUUAAUCACUAUUGGUCAACAGUAAGUAGGUCUACAUGAGUUUUUCCCCUUUUUUUUGUUGUUGUCGUUUUCUCCAUACAGUGACCGGGAACCCCAAUUAGUGCACGGUGUCCCCUCGCAUGGCUCUCUUCGCUCGCCAUGCUUCAGGCAAGGUGCCUUGCUCCGAGGCCGCUGCCCUCGGCCCAGGUUACCAUCCCCAAUUGUAGUCCACGUAGAUCGUAAAGUAUGAAAAAAAUGGAAAAAGUGAAACUCAUGGCGACCUAGAAACCAUGUCACUCUACUUACUGUUGACCUAAGUAUGGUCGACCUAGAGACUGAAUACUGUUUUAUUUACAUCCUAGUUCACAUGGCACUAAAAAUGGUGAAGUAAUAAAAUAGUAGUCUUAAGUAGAAACAUCACCUACACACUGGAGGCUACUCAGGACUCCACUGCAUUAGGCAAAAUGUAAAUGUCAGUAGCUCCAGAAGACAUUAAUGUGAAUUACUGUAAGACUGAGAUGUAUACAGUUAAAGACAAAAACCUAUUUGUUUGCACAUCCUAUGCACUAAAGUGUCUCUAAACCAGUCACUUUGCAUAUUUUAAUGUUCAUUUUAAUGUGUUAUGGUUUCAUUUGUGCAAUUUAAUAGUUAAGAGAUGGAAUUUAACUUUGAUCAGGUAUAAAUUGACGGGCAAGUCACACACAAUAAAAGCCCAGCAUGUCUUUCCAGCUGGUGUGGCUCCCUGUAGGCAAUGGCAAGCUCCAUAGACCCAGACUACAGAUAUGCCUGGUGUAUUCAAAUCAAGGCAGUGCUAAUUUACAAUUGGAUACACCUGUUUCCGGUAACCUGGGUUUGUUUUUGUUUUUUUAAUUGGACCUUAGUGCAUUGUGGACAGACAAUAUUACAUCAAAAGGCCCCCCCCCCCAUACAUUUCUCCAGCCACUGAUGUUGUGCGAUCUAUCAGGAAAUUCAUCAUUUUAAUAAUCCAAGAUUUGCCAAACCAACAGUUUUCAGUUGGGAUGGGGAAAAUUGACUUUUAAGCAUGUUUAAUACUCCCAAUUCCCUGGAGUCUAUCGGUAAUGUAUGGGGGCAUUUACUAUACCUGCAAUUGAUCACUUAAAUGUUGUCCUGUAAUGUACAAAAUACACUAUCCGACAUCAGUUACCUUAUCCCACAUUUCAUAAUAUUUAUACGACAGUUGCAGGUUACUUUUGGCUGCCAGUAUUGCAUUGCUGACCAGCCUGGCAGCUAUGGAGGUAAAUCUGCUCUUGCCAUAACUCCUCACUUGUUUAUCCUAUAAAAGCACCCAUCUCCCAGGUCUAGAACUGGUAUAUUAGAAGUGUUCUGUAAUCUGUUUACAUAUAAAAGGUAGCAUUCUGUUACAAAUGCUAAUUGUUUUGACAGUAUUGUUUUAUUAACGCAAUGCAAUUGGGGUUUUGUUUUGUUUUUUAUAUAUGAGAAAAAAGGGAUUUUUUUUUUUCUGUUCAACUUUCCUCCUAGCUGUAGGGCAUGGCCACGGGUGGCUCUCCAGUUGUUGAACUACACAUACCACCAUGUUCUAAAAUGCAUUUGGCUUAAGGAGGUUAAUGUCGUUCAACAACUAGGGAGUCACAGCUUGCCCGCCCCUGUUAAGUAAUCUUAUUCCUUGAAUAUAUGUAUUUAAAAAAUAUUAGUCAUGGUAUAUAUGGUUGUCUGACUUUUUUUUUUUUUUUUUCAUGCUAAUCUGUGGUUUGAAUGCUGGUGUUAAUUAUCCUCCCAAGCGUUAUCUUUAAAGAAAGGAGGAAAAAUUCUGUAUAGAGGAUUACAUUUGCUAAAAAUAAAGACUGGAGAUUAGUGGGAAUAUUUUCCUGCACCUGCACAGGCAGUACUGUCACAUUUUCAGGGGAGGUUUUAAUAUUCCCACAGACAGUGGGUUUUGCCAAAUUUUUUUCCUUCAUCCAAUGUAAAACUUGUCAAUAAAAGUGUGUGUUCUUGGU